CACAGAUGAGUGUCAGCAGAUCUUGAUUGUGUGACUGAAGCAGCAUCUUCUCUCUUCUGCUGGAUUAUUGGGCUCUUCUGGACUCUAGAGAAAUGAAGCUCAUCUUUGGACUGAUGCUGCUGAAAACUGCUGCAUGUCUGGAGUUUAACUGCAGGUUUAAUCAGUCAGAUCUCUGUUACGCAGCUCUGGGACACAAACUCAAUCUGAAGAUGGCGGACACUAGUAAAUAUAACCUAACGAUAAAAAAGAAAAUAAGCAGCACAGAAGAAGAUCCAGUUUGUACAAUAAAAAAAGGCACAAUAAAGAAGAGUGGAUGUCAUCUUAUUAAUAACAGACCUGAAGUGUCAGUCAUUAAUGGGAUUCUGAUAAUAAACGGUGUGAUCAGAGCAGAUUCAGGGACUUACAGAUUAGAUCUCGAAGACUCAGGCGGCUCAGAAACAUCUGCAGAUCUUCAAGUGAUUGUUGAAGCUCCUAUUGGCUCAGUGGAAGUGUCAAUCAUCUGCUCCUCCAGUGGGGUGAUGAGGGCGUCCUGCUCCUCUGAUGGAGAUCUGUUCCUCUUCAGCUGGACUCUGAAUGGAGAUCCACUGAUGGAUGGAAACAUCAUUGAACUGGAUGAGGGAACUGAUGGAAACAUCAGCUGCAGCGUGAAGAACCACGUCAGUCACCAACAGAAGACCAUUAGUGUAAAACACUGUCCUGAGUCUGCGGUGUUUGUUCUGGUCUGGUGUUUUCAGAUGAUGUUUCUGUUGGGUCUGUUAGGAGGUUUUCACAUCUACAUGAGACACACGUCAGGAAAGAAACAGGAAGAUCAACAAGUGAGAAUGAGAAGAUUUAGAGAAGGACAUGAACACACAGCAGAAGAUUGAGGAGAGCAGCAGCAGAUCUCAUCACAUCUAUGAGAAAUCACUUCAGAACGGCCAAGACUUUCACAUCCAUCCAACAUUUAUUUUACACAUCUGGAGUAACUUAUUUCACUUCACAAGAUCUUCACAAGAUAAAAACAUUUUUCUUUAAGAAUUGUAAAUUAAAUAUGUGUUGAAAUUGUUAAGAUUAACUUGGUAUUGAGUUAAAUGAAAAUAAAAAUAAUUUGAAAUUAUUAUUUGAAGUUUUUGCAGUCAAAAGACGCAACUCAUUGGAUUUCAAAAGGUUUAUUAAAUAGAAUUAGACUCAGAAUAAGCUUCAUUGACAGGUAUAUUUACACAUACUAGGAAUUUGUUUUAGUGACAGAAGCUCCACAAUGCAACAGAGUGACAGCGACAAGACAAGACACAGAUAAUAAAAAGAAUAAUAUACAAAUAUACAAGAUAGACAAAGUGUAACAAAGCAAAAAACAAUAUAUGAUAUAGACAAUUUAUAUGUACAGUUAUGAUGUGUGCAAAUUUGAAAUAUAAAGUGUUUUAAGUAAAUAACGUGUAAUA